UGCAGUCAUGUGCCUCCUACUCUUCCUACUUGCACCAACCGUCGCCGUUUCGUCUGUGUCCAGUGCCGAGAUGUUCAACGGCAGCUGCAUCGCGGCUGAGAGGGAUGCGCUGCUCUCCUUCAAAGCCGGCAUCACCAGCGACCCCACCAGACGGCUGCGAUCGUGGCGAGGCCAAGACUGCUGCCGGUGGUACGGCGUGACGUGCAGCGCCAGGACAGGCCACGUCGUGAAGCUCGACCUCCGCAACGAUUUCUUCAUAGAUGAUUUAUUCGCUGCGCCACAAGUUCACUGGCUGCGCGGGCAGAUAAGCUCAUCUCUUCUUGCCCUACGCCAUCUUAAUCAUCUAGAUCUUAGCGGAAAUGUUCUUGCGGGCAAUACACCUAUACCGGAAUUCAUAUGUUCUCUGAAGAGCUUGACAUAUCUCGACCUCUCUAACAUGAAUUUCAGUGGUCGAGUACCUCCUCAUCUAGGCAACCUCACCAAACUGGUAUAUCUCGACAUUCGCAAUGAUUUCGUAACACAUGCAUAUGAAUAUGCACAAACAUAUUCAUCAGAUGUUUCAUGGUUAGCAAGCCUUCGCUCACUGGAGUAUCUUGACAUGAGCGGUGUAGACCUUAGUGCAGCGGUUGACUGGGUUCAUUCGAUGAACACCCUCCCAAAUUUGAGAGUGCUGGCUCUCCAAAAUUGUCUACUAAAUAGUUCCGUUCCAUCACUUCCACACUACAACCUUACGGUUCUCGAGGAACUUGACCUAAGCCUCAACUCUUUUAACAGUCCCGCUGCGCCCAAUUGGUACUGGGAUGUAACUAGCCUCAAGAGUCUAGACCUAUAUUUAUGUGAAUUCACAGGCCCCUUUCCUGAUGAGUUGGGAAACUUGACCAUGUUAGAGGUCCUUAACAUGAGAGGCAAUAACAUGGAGGGGAUGAUACCAUCAACACUGAAAAGAUUGUGCAGUUUACAGAUGAUAGACCUCAGCACGAAUAAAAUUGGUGGGGAUAUAACAGACCUAAUAGAGAGGCUACCAAAAUGUUCCUGGAAUAGUUUGCAGGAGCUAGAUUUGUCGAAGGCCAACAUCACUGGCACGACAAUAAAAUCGCUGCUAAACCUCACUACUUUAAACGCGCUUGACAUCAGCAGGAACCACUUGAGCGGUUCUGUGCCUGUGGAGAUUGGAACAUUAAGAAAUUUAACUGAGUUGUGCAUUGGCCAUAACAGCUUCAGUGGUGUGAUAUCAGAAGAUCACUUCUCUGGUUUGACCAAUUUAAACGAAAUCGACUUGUCUCAGAAUGAUCUUCAAGUCAUGGUGGACUCGGAUUGGGAACCUCCGUUCAACUUGCAGUUUGCAAGGUUUUCAUCCUGUUAUUUGGGUCCCCAGAUUCCUAAUUGGUUUCGAUGGCAAUCGAACAUUUUAAUCCUUGAUAUUUCAGAUUCAGGUCUCACUGGUAGGAUUCCAGAUUGGUUUUGGACUACAUUUUCUAAUUCCGUACGUUUAGACCUCUCUUAUAACCAAAUUAGUGGUGAGUUACCACUUAACUUGGAGUUCUUAUUGUCAUUAGAACUGCGUCUUCAGUCCAAUCAUUUAACUGGUUCAGUACCACAGUUACCAAGAAGCCUUAGGUUAUUGGACAUCUCGAAAAAUUCUUUAAAUGGACACCUGCCAUCAAAGUUUGGAGCUCCAUAUUUGCGGGUUGCACUUCUCUUUUCCAAUUCUAUAACCGGGACCAUUCCAGAGUCAAUUUGUCGAUGGCCUCAACUGAAGGUCUUAGAUGUUUCAAACAAUCUGCUAACAAUGGGACUACCUGAUUGUACCAGCAACGAGCUGAAACAAUGGAACCUGCCAUCUAGCGACAACUCAAGGGUCAAUUCUACAAACUCUUAUAGUUUAGAAAUCCAUACCCUCCUUCUAAAAAACAACAGCCUUUCAGGGGGGUUUCCUUCAUUCUUGAAACAAUGCCACAAUCUUAUGUUCCUCGAUCUGACUCAAAACAGAUUCACUGGAAAGCUACCUACAUGGAUAAGUGAGGACAUGCCUAAAUUGGUAAUGUGAAGGUUAAGAUCUAACAACUUUUCUGGUCAUAUUCCAAUUGAAACCAUGAGGCUUUUUUCUCUUCGUAUUCUUGAUCUAGCAAAUAACACUUUUUCUGGGGUUAUACCACAAUCUAUUGUGAACUUGAAAGCUCUGACUACCACUGAUGUGGCUUCAGAUCCAAUAGAGAAUCCUUUCCUAGGAGAUUAUCGGUCUGGGUAUGUGUCUUAUGAUGAGGGUCUGUAUAAUGAUAGCUUGUCAUUGGUAAUUAAAGGGCAGGUUCUUGACUACAGGGAGAAUGUUGUAUAUUUUAUGAGCAUCGAUCUUUCUUGCAACAGAUUAACUGGGAAAAUCCCAGAAGAAAUAGGUUCACUUCUUGGACUGAUAAAUUUGAACUUAUCAUCAAACUUAUUGAGUGGAAAUAUCUCAUAUAAGCUUGGCAAUCUGCAAUCAUUGGAGUCUCUUGACUUGUCCAACAACCAACUUUCUGGUGAAAUUCCUUGGAGCUUGUCGAAUUUGACUUCGCUAAGUUAUCUGAAUUUGUCCUACAAUAACCUGUCAGGCAGGAUACCCUCGGGACAUCAACUCGACAGUCUCGAGACAGAUGAUCCUGCUUCAAUGUACAUUGGCAAUCCUGGUCUUUGCGGGCAUCCACUUCCAGUGGCAUGCCCUGGAGAUCAGCCAGCACAAGAUGGUCCCGUCAUGUGGUAUGAAGAUGGCAAUAGUGAAAUGGAUUUUCAUCUUGGUUUAAUCGUGGGAUUCUUGGUAGGCCUUUGGAUAAUAUUUUGUGGCCUUUUGUUCAACAAGACUUGGAGAUAUGCCUAUUUCAGCCUGUUCGACAAACUAUACGACAAGGUGCACGUCUUCUCUGUACUCACUUGGCAACAAUGGUUCAGAAAACCUGAUACAAACUAAGCAAGCACUAUAUAAAUGCAUAUGUAUGACUUGCCGAUUGGACUGGUACCUUCGACU